AUGAUCUCGUGGCACGACCUGUACACGGUGCUGGCGGCGGUGGUGCCGCUGUACGUGGCGAUGAUCCUGGCCUACGGCUCCGUGCGGUGGUGGGGCGUCAUCACCCCGGACCAGUGCGCCGGCAUCAACCGCUUCGUGGCCGUCUUCGCGGUGCCGCUCCUCUCCUUCAAGGUGAUCUCCGGCAGCGACCUCUACGCCAUGGACCUCCGCUUCGUCGCCGCGGACACGCUCCAGAAGCUCCUCAUCCUCGCCGCGCUGGCGGUCUGGUCCCGCCUCCCGCUCUCCUUCCCCGCCGGGCUCGACUGGUCCAUCACGCUCUUCUCCUUCUCCACCCUCCCCAACACCCUCAUCAUGGGCAUCCCGCUGCUCGUCGCCAUGUACGGGGCGCACGCCGGGGACCUCAUGGUGCAGCUCGUCGUGCUGCAGUGCAUCAUCUGGUACACGCUCCUGCUGUUCCUCUUCGAGUUCCGCGCCGCGCGGCUGCUCAUCGCGGGGAGGUUUCCCGAGGCGGUGGCCGCGGUGCGCGUCGACCCGGACGUCGUCUCGCUCGACGGCAGCCAGGCCGAGGCGCGGGCCGAGGUGGCGCCCGACGGGAGCCUGCGCGUGUCCGUCGUGCGGCGGUCCACGGUCCACGGAUUCUGCCGCGACAAAGUGUGGGCUGGGAGGCAAAGUUGCGAGUGGGCUUUGGACAGAAUCUACCUCCGGGUGCAUGUCUCGCUCGUGCCUGCGCGCGAGCCAGAGAGGAGCGCCAAGAUCCGGCGGCGGUGGUACCUGUCGCCGGACCUCCACGCCGAUCCCGCCUACGCCAUCGACUCCGACACCUGGUGCACCUGGUGCGAGACCGAGAAGGAUCUGAGGAGGAGGGCGGGCUUCCUCGUCGAUAGGGAUUUCCCGUUUGACCAUCCACCGUCGCCUCGUCAUCAAACAGGGCUUGUAGGGUUCUAG